UAUACUUAUUUAUUCAUUUAUUUUUAUCAUUGGCUUCCAAACGAAAAGCAGUAGCGAAAGUUGACUGUGCAAUUCGAUUACAGCUGAAGUAGUUUCAUUGGUUAGCCAGUAAAAAAGAGUGAUUGCGGAACCGGACCUGAGUAAUAAGCAAUGAUACAGUGCCGUUAUUUAAGCAGAACCUGGAUCCAUAAAAUAAACAAACCCGGCAGGUAGCCGCGCCAAGUGGUGAACGGUUGCCGUGUUCGUCGGGGCUCAGGACAGGCAUUAGUGAGGUUCAUGAAAACAAUUCUAGUCGAAUGUUGUAUUUUAAGAAAUUGACAUUUAAGAACGUAAAGGUAGACAGGAGAGUACCCCGAGAAGCGAGAAAGAAGAAACAUUAAUGAGAAAAAAAAAAAGACGUAGCAGUGCGAGGAAUAACAUAGUUAAGGAGUGGGCGACCUAAGCAGCGACACAGCAUGUCACAAGAAGGAAAGUGGAAUCGCAGUGUUCCUCAGUAAGCUGGACCACCUGCCCUGCCCCGUCUGCAGCAUUUGCUUAGAAAUCGAACCCUCUUGGGACCGGAGCAACACGGGACUCUAUGCUGACCCUCCACAGCUGUUUUCCUCAAAGAAUUCCUGCUGUGAGAAGUGCAAAGUUUAUUGGUGGAAAUGAAAUGCUGUGGUUUGUUAUGGAAAGCAGUGGCGAAUACCGAGGGCAUCCACACUGCUCAUACAUACUGCCAGCAGGUUAAGAAUAAAGCACAGUACAAGUACUACCUGCGCAGCCCAUACUCACUCAUCCACCACUACUACAAGGAUUUGGGAACUCUAAAAGAGGCUCAGGAGUUUGUCAGGAACUUCCCAAAACUUAAAAAGGUGCCAAAGUUCCAGCUGGACCACAUCUUUAGGCUGAUAAAGGAUGAUGGCCAUUCCUGGAAGGAGGUGGAGCUGUUCAAGGAAGUGCUGCUCCUCACCCCAAUACAAUACAAGCUUCGUGUCCAGCUCCUGCAAAGUCUUUCCCUGUCCCAGCCGUCCCUGUAUCAUAUCCCAUGGAUGACUCUGUUGAUGGACAAUACAGUGAAGUUCUUGAGGGAAGACUCCAAGAGCAUCUUUAAAUCAGACCCAGUAGAACACCUCAUUGCAAGCUGCACUGACCUCAACCUGCCAGAGUCCACCCUGCAGGCUGCCCGUGAUCUGUCCAGCAGUGAUGACACAGUGACACUGAAACAGGUGUUCUUCUAUCUGCUCAAGCAUUAUUUGGCUCAUAGGUUCUUGGAAGACACAGAAGUGGUAGGAUCUUUCCUGUAUUCUACCCAAGCUGCCUUUCUCUGGAAGCCACUGUAUCAUUAUGCAGUUCUAUGUGACCUUUUCAUUGACAGCCUUGAAUUGAGCUUCUCUGAUGUGCAAAAAAAACCACAGUUGUUUUACCUGGACCCAGAAAAUACCAAAGAGAUACUACAGAAGUUCCCCAGCAUUGGGGGGACUCCCACCAGGGAGGUGGCCAAGGCAGUCCCCAAGCUGCUACAGAUCCCUGCAUCCCACCUGGUGUCCUGGCUCAGACUGCUUCAGAAACACAAAGUGCACCCGUUUACUUGCACCUACCACACAGCAACUUUAUUCAAAACUAGUUUAUUCUCAGAGGUUAGUGAGAGACUGCAGAUCCUGAAGCAACUUCAAGAAUGGGAGAUUAUUAUGGUAUCUGAUAAACUGUUUGAGCUGCUGAGGAGCCAGGAGCAAAUAAAGAAGGUGCUCAACUGUGUGGAGUCUGGUCAUGGCAUCCCAAGUCUCUCUGUUGCAAUGAAGCAUGACCAGCACACCAGUCGUCAUCAGUGCCGCAGUGUGACACCAGAGAUUGUAUCUUAUGUGGCCACUGCCCUUGGGCUGCCCCCUGAACAGAUCAGGGAGGUGUUGGAAGAAGAAAUCUUUACGCCUUACGGCCUAAUGAACACCAAAGCAGUGUUACGGAUGCUGCUGGACUACGGCUUCACCCGAGAACAGGUGGUGGCAGGGCCCAUGGUACUGAAUAUGGAGGCAGGAGUUGUGGAGCAAGUCCUGAAAGACCUACACACCAGGCCAGAAACUCAGCCCUUUGCAGAGUGGAUGGAGAAUCCUUUCAUACUUCAUCUAGUGGCUUACUGUGUUAGGAAGGACUUUCCUCACAUGGAUAUACAUAUGAAGAAUAAAAACUCAUAACCAUGA